GCAGCCUUUGGACUUUUGGACUCUGGAGUAAUGUGGGAAAGGGGUCUAACUCGAGAUCUCAGGUUAACAAUUUUUAAAAUAAGGUAGUAAGUUUGACAACUCUUUGCAGCAUUCUAAAUUGUUUUUUUGAGCGCUUACCGCGUAAUGCCUCACAAUGAGCGGCGACAUUCACCAAUUUGGCGAUCAUUCUGGAAACGCGGAACUGAACAGGCGCACACCAAUUUUGACGGGGAGGAUGAGCCGGUACCGACUGCUCCCCCGCUGGACAUUCUCGACUCCGUGCCCGGAUAUGAGUCGUUGGGGUUCGACGCUGUGUGCGUGCCGCCGCCGCCGCCCGAGGCCACCUGGUCGGAGCCGAGCGGGCCGCCACCACGUGACCCGGUGCACGUGGGCGGCGAGCUGAGCGAGCAGCAGGCGCGCGCCGCGCUGCUGUCACGUGACCGACCACUGCUGCUACGGCCGCGGCGCGGCGCGACACAUGAACAUCGCCAAAAUCAACUACAGCUCGGCCCACCACUACGAGCUGCAGACGUUCACCGAGAAGCGUGAGACGUCGUGGACGUUCGUGCCGUACUCUGGCGGCGGGUGGACAGCCCCAGCUGCGGAGAGGCGCCCGAGCCGUGGAGCGUGCCUGCCGAGCCCGCCCAGUUGUUCCAUGACGAGGUGAAGGUCAUGGAAGUACCUCACACCGCCUCGGCCAAGGACUGUCAUCGGUGCAAGGGCCAGGGCAGCCUCAGCUGUGCAGAAUGCCACGGGAAAGGAUGGGUGAGUGCCAUGGGAUCUU